GGCCUUCAGUUGAAAGUCUGGCAUCGAACCAGCCCUGUUUCGCUAGUCACUCCCGCGCCUUCCGGAGUCGACAGACUUCUGGGAACCUGUACAGUGGACCUCUCGCUUCUCGCCAGUCAGCUGGCGUUCGAAGAAGCAGCGGUAUCCGUUGCCUCGAUGGGCCGUCUGCCCGACUACCCCGGCUCCCCGGACAGUCGGACACCCUUGUCGACCAUCCUUGCUGGCCGACUUGACUGGUUAUAUGGCUGGUACUAUGUGGUUGAUACAGCGGGCCGUCGUCGUGGUGAGCUUCUCGUUGGAGUUCGACUCCGUCGCGGUCGACCCCGAGACGCAUCUACGGAUGGGCUAGGCGAAAAAGACCCUGAGUUAUGGCGCCCACCCUCACCCAAUCACUUGCCUGCCGUCACCAUCCCGUCAACGAGCCUCAGCAUCUGGACACCCUCAACUCUCUUAAAUCCUACCGCUAGGCCAGAGACAAUCAGUCUUGCUAACUCCGGCCUCCGAAACCGAUUGUCUUCGGCCGAUCAGCAGCUAUCCGAAUCAGCUGAACAAGCUGGGCCGGACAAUACGAUGUGGUCUUGCCUUCGCUCCACUCGCAAGUUGGAUGUUGCCUUUGGCAUUGUUGAUCUUGUGAAAUGUUGGCUGGAAUAUACCUCAAGGAAGAACUCAAGAGGUUGUUGA